AUAUUUGUUUGUUUGUUUAGUAAUUACAGUACAUUGAUAACCAGUGUAGUCCCAGGGGAUUAUGAUGGAGAUUCACAAAUGGAUGUCCUUCUGACGUAUCUUCCCAAAAAUCAUGCCAAUGGUGAAUUAGGAGCUGUUAUCUUCUGGGGACAGAAUCAAACAUUAGAUCCUAGCAAUAUGACCAUACUCAAUAGGACUUUUCAAGAUGAACCACUAAUUAUGGACUUCAAUGGUGACUUAAUUCCUGAUAUAUUUGGUAUCACAAAUGAAUCCAGCCAACCACAGAUAUUAUUAGGAAAAAAUUUAUCAUGGCAUCCUGCAUUGACCACUAGAAAUAAAAUGCGAAUUCCACAUUCUCAUGCUUUCAUUGAUCUGACUGAAGAUUUCACAGCAGAUUUAUUCCUCACGACAUUGUCUGCUUCUAGUGCCUUCCAGUUUGAGAUAUGGGAAAAUUUGGAUGGAAAUUUCUCUCUCAGUACUGUUCUUGAAAAACCUCAAAAUAUGAUGGUGGUGGGACAGUCAGCAUUUGCCGACUUUGAUGGAGAUGGAAACAUGGAUCACUUACUGCCAGGCUGUGAAGACAGAAACUGCCAGAAAAGUGUCAUUUACUUAGCAAGAUCUGGAGCAAAGCAGCUAAAUACCUCUCCUUUGUCUCACAGCAAUCAGCAGGCCUUUUUACUGGAGAAUGUCCCUUGUAAUAAUGCAAGCUGUGAGGGGGCACAUCGUAUGUUUAAAGUCUACUGGGAGCUGAUGGACCUAAACCAAAUCAGAGAUGCAGUGGUUGCCACCUUCUUUGACAUUUACGAAGAUGGAAUCUUGGACAUUGUAGUACUAAGCAAAGGGUAUACAAAGAGUGAUUUUGCCAUCCAUACCCUAAAAAAUAACUUUGAAGCAGAUGCUUAUUUUGUCAAAGUCAUUGUUCUUAGUGGUCUCUGUUCUAAUGACUGUCCUCGUAAGAUAACACCCUUUGGAGUAAAUCAACCUGGACCUUACAUCAUGUAUACAACUGUAGAUGCAAAUGGAUAUCUCAAAAAUGGUUCAGCUGGACAACUUAGCCAGUCGGCGCAUUUAGCUCUCCAACUGCCAUAUAAUGUACUUGGCUUAGGUCGAAGUGCCAAUUUUCUUGAUCAUCUUUAUGUUGGUAUUCCACGUCCAUCUGGAGAGAAGUCUGUACGAAAACAAGAAUGGACUGCAAUCAUUCCAAAUUCUCAGCUAAUUGUCAUUCCAUAUCCUCCCAAUGUUCCUCGAAGCUGGAGUGCCAAACUGUAUCUUACACCAAGUAACAUCGUUCUACUUACUGCUAUAGCUCUCAUUGGUGUCUGUGUUUUCAUCUUGGCAAUAAUCGGCAUUUUGCAUUGGCAGGAAAAGAAAGCAGAUGAUAGAGAAAAACGACAAGAAGCUCAUCGAUUUCAUUUUGAUGCCAUGUGACUUGCCUUUAAUAUUGCAUAAUGGAACAGCUAUUCACUUGAUUAACUGAAAUGCUAAACCUGGCUUAUAGAAGAAAAUAGAUUCUGAAUAUUACUUAUAAAUGAUACAUCCCUUGGUAAUUAUUGGAAAAUGUUCAAAUAAAUACGGUCUGAAUGUGUUACAAGGUCUUUUUUUAAAGUACUUUGUAUACAAUAGUUUUGGUUCUUUUUUCAGUUGUACUGUACCUUUUUUCCCCUUUGUGGAAUGUGUUGCAUGUACUCAGGUGUUUAUGUAUUUAUAAUCUUAUUAGAAUAAUGAUGAUGGGAAAAGACGUGUAAAUAAAAAUUAUUUAAAUGAGCAAGGUUUUUUGUGUUCCACUUGAAUCAAUCUUGCUUCUUAGUCUAACAAUGCAAAUUAUACUUCUGUGACUGUAUCAUAGGUAAAGUUCUUAACCAUUCACCCUCAUGAUAGCAAGUGAGGGGUCUUUCACUGAUGUCAUACAAUAUAGUGAUUGGGUACUCUGGCUUUGGAACCACAGUCAGACUUGCUUUAAACUCUUGGUUACACCAUUUACAAGCUGUUUGUUGAACGUGGCUAACUGCUUAAGCCUCAGUUUUCUUGUUUAUAAACAGAGCUAAUACUAUUUAUACAAUUGAGUUAUAAUAUACAUUAAAUGGGAUAAUGUAUACAAAGUACAUAGCUUGGUGCCUAGCACAGAGUAAGGUUUCAAUACGUGGUAGUUGUCGUUAGUUAUUCUUAAAUCAUUUUUUACAGACUUCUGCAACUAAUUAUCAAAAUAUAUAGACUUCAUAGGAUUUUCUUUUCAGGCAUGUGGAAAUCAUAGUCUUAGGAAAGCCUAAAUUCUUCAUGGUUGACACCCUAUAUAAAGGUUUAUUACUUUCUUAUAUUAACUGAAAAUUAUAAUACCCUUCAAGAAUUAAUGUGCCCCAAUAAUUUUCAUUUGAACACAGAUCCUUAUCACGUGGUAGUGAAAAGCAUUUGAUUUCUUGAAACAUCUGGGAAUGCAAAUCUUCAAUCACAUUUCUAUUCUCAAACGCUUGUUAAGAGUCUGUAAUUUACAUUCAGACUUCAAUGCAAAUUUUUGUGAACUUCAUCAAAAAGUUACAUCUAAGUUUAUAUGUCAGUGCUAAUAACUUCCUAACAUGCAAACGAACAUAUGAUGGAUAUAAAACAUAAAAACUUGUUUGAAAACAAUUUUGUUCUUUGUGUUAUUUUUUCUUCUUACAGUUCACUGAGAAUGGUGUGUAUAUAAGUGGUUUACUUUAUGUACCUAAGCAUGUCUUUAUGUACCUAAGUCGUCUUAAUAAAUAUUGUGUAUUGAAACAAAG